GCUUAAGACUCGUCGUCUUUGGUCCUUAGUGGUGGUGGAUCUGAAAUUCUGCAACCCCUCUACUAGAUUCGCAACCCUUUGGUGAAUUCAACAGUGUUAAUCAUCUUCGAUUAUAAUCUCUCCACUGAGACUUAGAUCGAUCCAUAUUAUUCGAGUCGCCACUACAAAAAAAAUGGUGCUCACAUCCUCUGCACGUAACUACGUCAACCGCAUGCUGCAGAACAUCUCCGGCAUGAAGGUCCUAAUCCUCGAUUCCCAAACGGUGAGUAUUGUGAGCAUUGUGUAUUCACAGUCAGAGCUUCUUCAGAAGGAAGUGUUCUUGGUGGAGUUGGUGGAUUCUAUAACCAAGUCGAAGGAGCUUAUGUCGCAUCUCAAGGCUGUUUACUUCCUUCACCCUACGACGGAAAACAUCCAGCAUUUGCGCCGCCAGCUCGCCGCUCCUAGAUUUAGGGAGUAUCACCUAUUUUUCUCCAACAUAUUGAAGGACACUCAGAUUCACAUACUUGCUUAUUCAGAUGAACAUGAAGCUGUCCAGCAAGUUCAGGAGUUCUACGUAGACUUUGUUGCAGUUGAUCCUUAUCAUUUCAUUUUGCACAUCCCUUCAAGUUAUAUUUAUAUGCUCCCAGCUGUGGUGGAUCCUUCAACACUGCAACGCUUCUAUGAUCGGGUUGUUGAUGGUGUAGCAGCUGUCUUUUUGGCAUUAAAACGGAGACCGGUUAUUAGAUAUCAAAGGACGUCUGACAUUGCCAAAAGAAUAGCACACGAAGCAAAUAAACUGAUGUACCAAGAAGAAAGUGGUCUUUUUGAUUUUAGGCGAACAGAAGUUUCACCACUAUUGUUGGUGCUUGACAGGAGAGAUGAUCCUGUAACCCCAUUGCUCAAUCAAUGGACCUAUCAGGCUAUGGUUCAUGAAUUGAUAGGAAUCCAAGACAACAAGGUGGACUUGAAAUCCAUUGAUAAAUUUUCAAAGGAUCAGGAGGAGGUUGUGUUGUCGUCGGAACAAGAUUCAUUUUUCAAAGCCAACAUGUAUGAGAAUUUUGGAGAUAUAGGUAUGGAUAUCAAGCGGAUGGACAUGGCCAAAUUUGUUGACAAUUAUCCUGAGUACAGAAAAAUGCAUGGGAAUGUGUCAAAGCAUGUGACUUUGGUAACAGAAAUGAGCAAGAUAGUACAACAGCGAAAACUUAUGACAUUUUCACAAACAGAACAGGAAUUGGCUUGCAAUGGAGGACAAGGGGCUGCAUUUGAGGUAUGUAUUAAUGAUUAG